AUGACCGUAAGCUGGCACUCACUCUCCCCUCCAUCAGCAGCACGCAGACCUGACAAAGUACUCUGGGACCAGCUCACUAGCAAAGCCCAUCGCUACAUCGAGGCGCUAGACACAGCGAGAUGUAAUGCCCACUGGCAUGAAAUCCCCGAUAUCCUUCGAAAAAUCUUGAAGCAUGCUCCCGAGAGAAAAUGUAUGAUUCAGACAGCACAAGCAGAAUACCAAGUCGCCAGUUAUGCUGCCAAACGGACGACUUCUAAUAUCCCGCCUGACUCCGCAAAUGGAUCGCCGCUGCUGGACCUUAUACCUACCCUCCUAUCCGUUAUUGGUGACGAUGAAGGAGAUAUUACGCAGGAUAUAUUUCAGGCACGUGUGUGCUUAAGCUGGCUACAUUGGGAGUUGUUGGAGCCCGCAUUAGCGGUUUCGUGUCUACCUAAAGAUCUUGGUGCUGCUGUCCACUUGCUUUCCGGGAAUGGGCAGCCCUUGUCUCCUUGGACUGAAGAGCUGCUCUGUGGUGCAGCGGAUGCAAUAAGGACCAUGAAAGCGAUAGUUCCGCGAGUUUCUUUUCCCACAUCCCCUUCUCCAUCAACUCCACAGUAUCUUUUCUGGACAGAGCAGCUUUUAGCAAAGAUUGCACUGCUUUCUAACGAGGCUGUUAUAAAAGAUGGCGCAUUAUCGCGAGAAUCAGCAAUUGAAUUUGCCUUGAAAUCGUUUCGUGCUUGGGCCUCUCAUCGAGACGUGAAGGCAGAUCCUGCUUCAAUAUCAAAAGACGCUAGUACUUUGAAUAUCGGCUCUAAGCCUCAGGUAUGGCGGGCAUACUAUAACCUUCUGUCGCACAUCUUACAACACAAAUUGUCCUAUAUCAGCUGGUCAGAUGCUCCUAAACGAGGUCAAUUCGUUUCAGAGUUUCGGCGAGUUGAAACUAUAUGCGAAAAUUCACUUUUAAGAAAUGCAAAGUUUCCUAGAGCCGAUGCGUCCAAUCAAGAUAUCGAGGUGUGGGUUGAGCAAGUCAUUCACAAUUGGCAUAUCCUUUGCAGCUCGGAGUGGCAGGAUGCAGAUUUUGGAGAAGGGGGUCAUGAUGCACUAUCUCGCAAUGUUCUUGAUAUUCUCUAUCGUGCAGCAACAAAAACAUUUCAUUCCACUUUGAUAUUACGGCGCCUUUUUCAGGUUCAUUCAGUUCUAGCCGAAUUUGAUCUCGCAAUCAAGGCUCUCGAUACAUAUAUCAGUCUCGUUGAUUCGGCGCGGAGCCGCGCAACGCAGGCAAGCAAAUCAGUCGGAGAAACUGAGAGUAUAGAUGAUUUCGUUCGUACUUUAUCUGAAGGAAUCAAUACAGUUUGCUGUUUUGGCACGUAUCGCAAUGCAGAAAAGGCCAAGGAGCUGACCGAUCUGCUUGAGCGUAUCUUAGCAAAUGAAACUGAAGAGGAAGUUCCGCCGGAAUCCAAUCGAUCAGGACUAAAUGGAGUUACCAAACUCUCGCCCACCACGAUUGCAAUUGCGCAUAGAGCGGUCGGAAUCGGGCUUGCAAAUUGGUCACGGUGGACACCCAUAACAGAAUCCCGACGUGACCUGCAGGCUUCAGCCAUAGCAUCACUAGAGGCUUCCUUGUCUGAAGAACUAGGCCAUGACAUGAAUUCUGCUUCAAUAUUUGCUCUAGGAUUGGUGCUAGCAGAAACCCGGGAUAUUAAUGGCGCUAUUGAUCGUGUGCGUCUUGCAUUGAGCUCAGCAGACGUAAUGGGUGAUGAAGGUCGUCCCUUGGGCCAUCAGCCGUAUACCAAUGAGUAUGAUCUUGUUCCAUUAUGGCACUUGCUUGCCCUUCUCCUAAGUGCGCGUGAAGAAUACGAGUCCGCUAGUCACGUAUGUGACGCUGUUCUUGACACCGUGGUCGCAGGCAAUACCUACGCUAAUAUAAUAAAAUCCGAAUACCAACAUCAAAAUGGUGAGAAGAUGUCUCGGUCACUAACGAGUACCGGCGACGAUAAGCUUCCGACGCUUGAUAACAUUGGAAUUCGUAAGAAAGAAAAUAUUCUAGAAUUACGAAUGACUCAACUGUCUCUAAUUGAAACUCUACACGGUCCCGAAACCGCUGUGAAUCAUGCUGAGGAGUUAUUAGCUCUCUUCGGCCGCAUUUUUGCAGGAGUAGGUAUCUCGGAACCUGAACCAAAAUCUCAAAAUGAACAUCUUGCUCCUCCUAAAAGCUCCAGUGGGACCGUCCGUACCUUUCGCGGCAGCUUUUUGGGCCGGAAGAAGCCCAACCGAGAUACAGAGCACGGAUCUAACCUUGGUUGUGACAUGGCUUCGGCGCCAACAGCUCCUUCGCUCUCGACCUCUGUAGUUGAUGGUUCUCCUCCGCCUAUACUUCUGCAAGCUGGAAACCCAUCUGGCUCAAAGGAGAGACCACAAAGUGGAGGAACAAGGGCGAGCUCUGUUCGCCGAAGAGAUGGUACUCAACCGCAUAAACUCCAUAAAAGGGAGGGUAGCGUUGCAAAGUCCGUGCGCCACCGUAGCCAUGAACGGCGUUCAAAAUCACCGACACCUUCUAAUAAAUCUCACCCAGACCUAACAUUUACCACAGCAGAAGAAACAUCGGAAUCCCCUCCCCAUAUAAAGUCACCAACUAUCAACCACGACGGUUCAAUGUCAGCAAGACAGAGCUUAGCUCCGAUUCCUCAUAAUAUGAAGUACAAUAGAGAGCCACCUCCAAUCGGCCACCCGAACCAGCCCCCACAGCAGGAUAUUCGGCUGCCAACCACUGGAAACUCCGAAUUGCCUGCCAAGAUGUUUGCCAGAUUUUCCAAACUCCAUACCCAGAAACAGUCUCUUUGCCUACUAAUAAAGAUUUGGCUGUUUGUUGCUGGGCUUUACCGACGAGCGGGCUUGUUCGAAGAUGCUUUGGGAUCAUGGAAUGAAGCAAAACUGCAAGCGAAAGCUGUUGAAGAGCUUGUUGGUAAGCACGAAUCAUCUGCAAAAUCAUUUGCUGAUCCAGGAUGGGGAGGGACUCAGUCGUCCGAUGAGCUCUGGGGAGACGUCCAUGCAGAGCGUGGAUUUCUUUUUAAUGCCCAGUGCCAACCAUUUGAAGCUAUGAAGCAAUUCGAGGAGGCAUUAAUAUAUUCUCCGGAUCAUGUUCGAGCUACCGUGGGCCUAGCCAAUCUUCUCCUUGAUGUGUGGGAGAAGAAACUACCAACUGAAGAACCGGAACUUGGUAAUCAGUUCAGCAUGCUCAGAAUUUCGAGCCCAUCACAAACAGAUUUACCCUUAUGUGACGAACCAAACAAAGUCAAUAGCAGCUCCCCGUCGACUACUCCAUUUGCUGAACGAGAUUCGCCAGAAUAUCGUGAGCGCCUCGCAGCACGAGACCGGGCCUAUGGCCUUUUAUCGGCAAUUACCAAACUCGGAACCGCCUGGGACGACUCGGAGGCAUGGCUUUCGUUGGCAAGGGCGUAUGAACAUGGAAAUCAGGUGGAGAAAGCCAAAGAGGUGCUUUGGUGGUGUAUCGAUCUCGAAGAUAGGCGCCCGAUUCGACAUUGGUGGAAUAUUGGAUUUGGUGGCUAUAUCCUUUGA